AUUGCUCACUAGAUCAAAAUGAUUUUUUUGUGUAAUUCUUCACACAUACGCUUAAACUAAAUGUUCGGGGGGUUAUUAGAUUGUGUAGUCUUUACGUGAACAUUUCUUGGUGUACAAUGUGUACAAUUCAGUUCUGAUGCUCAACAGCAGAGCAUUCGUGACGUCAGACUAAAUUAUAUGAAUUGAAAUCAAAACUAAACCCAUGUUUCUCAGGAACGCGGAAAUCAUUACAUUUGAACUGGAUUCAACAACCGAAGUUGGCUAUAACAACUGUGCUAUACAACUGCAUGUUUGGGUCUGCAGCGUCAGGCCCAGGUCCGAGCUGUGGGGGCAGACAUGAGCACUACGGUCUGCCAGAUCGACGUGUCGUCGGACCCAGAUAAGCCCUACUUCCUGCGGGUGGACUGGGCCGCCGACCUGGGCGCCGGGUUCACUGUCGUCCUCAGUGACUGCAUCUCUGCCUGGAUGGGAGAAGUGUCGGAAGAGGAGUUGACGAGGGAGGAGCGACGCGUGGGUGUGGAGAGAGACGCGUACGUCGAGGAUCUCCAUCAGGCCUUGACAGGAAAAGGAGGAAGACGAGGCGGGGGCCAAGGAGGCAGGGAAGCUUCCGGAAAAGAGGUGUACUCGUUCCACCUCUCGGCAGACCGCUGUCAUCUAUCGUACGAGAAGAACCUCAGGGGUGUCCAGAUGAGUAUGGGUUCGGUGGAGCUACUUCCUGCUCUCGAUCACAUGGCGAUGACCAAGGAUCUGAUUGACCACAGCGUGGAACGCUGCUCUCAGCUGCAGUUGGAGAACAAACAGCUGUUGGAGCGGAACCACACCCUCAGACACAACCACCAGCAUCUUCUCGCACAACUGGAGCAGUGUGUCGAGGAGAAGGUCGGCAUGGAGACCGACCUGUACUCUCGUUUUGCCCUGGUGCUGCACGAGAAGAAGGCUCGGAUCCGCGGCCUGCAGGACUCCCUCAGAGGGCUGCAGCAGCAGAGCAGCCUGGACCGGGAGGGGGAGGGGGAGGAGAUGGAGCGGGAAGAGACAGUGACUGACCAAUCAGAGUGUGGCGACAACGUUCCAAAGAUGGGAGAAUCAUCCCAGAGCUUCCGUUGGUCCCAAGCCCCAACCGUCCUCAUCCACAGAGACGUCAGCCCGGAGAACUCCAUGGAGGACAGUGUGUUUGACAACUCAGGUGUUCUGCCCUGCAGCAAGCCUCGUCUCCUCCAUCUUCAAAGCCUGGAGUCUGGACAGGAAAUGAACCCUGAGGUGAGGGACCUUCCAACUUGAGACUGCCUUCAUGAGAAUGCUGCUCUGCCCACUGUAUUCACAGUUGUGGUUCUAGAAAAGUUCACAGUUUUAUUUGUAAUGCAUUGAUGUUAAUAUUGAUGUUCAGAUUUUAUGACAUUUAAACAUACCAAUGUUUACAAUUUAAGUUUUACAACUAAAACAAUGUUUUACACGAACCUUUUCACAGUUUUAUUGCACUUUGAUUUUGGAUGUAAAAAAAGAUAAUCCUGGCUGUUGACUAAAGCAGGGAAAACAUUUAGUCAAAACCAGUGACACACAGGGGAUGUAAUAUAUAUAUCUUUUUUUUUUAUCUUCUCAUUUACAAAAAUGCAUGCAGAAAUGAAUGAAUCCCAAAUACAUAUUUUUUCCUGACCGUCACUGAAUAGGUCUACUGAUGUGGUUGUUUUGAAUCCCCUUCCACUGAGAUAAUUAUAAGAUGUUGAUCAAAGUAGAUAUACUGUAUAUCAAAUUGUAACAACUGAGGUCAGCUGCUCAUUUGGAUGUCCAGGUCUUGAGUACAUGGUGACUGUGCUAAACAAAAUCUCAGGGUUGGGCAGCGAUAUCCAGACAAUUGUGGGUUCUAAUCACUUAACUGUUUUGGAAAAUUGGUGUGCUGAAAGUUGACAACCAAAAGUCAAUAACAAUAAUCCCCAUUCUAGAAAUCUAGUAUGUAUGAUGUUUGUAAUGCAUCUAUGUGUCUUGUCACCAAAAUCCAGUUUGAGUGCCAACAAAGCUUCUAUAAAUAAUAAAUGGAAGUACUGAUUAAAGAAGAAUAGGAAUAGAAUAGCAAAAGUAAUGUGAGUAAAAGUACAAGCAGCAUGAGAUAAAAGAAAAACAUCUGUAAUUUCAUCCUUUAUGUCAACAGGUAUUUGCUGUAAUCCCAUUUUUUCAACAUUAAAA